GAUGCCCUGGCGAAUCCGUGGCCCUUCAACCUCUGCUACGCAUUUCCGCCAAUCAGACUCAUUCCGGAAGUGCUCCGGAAGUUUCUCCUAGAAGAAACAGAUCUUAUUCUGAUCGCCCCCUUCUGGCCCAAGAGGCCAUGGUUUUCCCUGCUACAGUCUCUGGUCUCGGAGCCUCCACUGAGACUUCAGAACAGAGAGGACUUGCUGUCGCAGGGUCCAGUGUCACACCCACAGGUGGUUUCAUUAAGCUUGACAGCUUGGUAUCUGAAGAGAAGAUACUGAAGGCUCAGGGGUUUUCUGACAAGGUGAUUAGAACCUUGGUAAAUUGCAGAAAACCAGUCACUAGAGCCAUCUAUUCCAAGGUUUGGAAAAAGUUUAAUUCAUGGUUGUCUGAAAACCAAAGAUCAACGCAUGAUGUUCCUUCUAUUUUGGAAUUUUUUCAAGAGGGUGUCGACAAGGGUCUUUCAGUUAGUACCUUAAAGGUACAGGCGGCAGCUAUCAGCGUUUUCCUCCAGUUUUCUCUUUUGGAAAAUCCCAUGGUAGCUAGAUUCUUUAAAUCCAUUUCAAGGGCCAGGCCAGUAGUGGUAAGAAGUUGUCCAACUUGGGACCUGUCCCUGGUACUUCAAACUCUGGUAGAGUUUCCCUUUGAGCCUUUGGAGGAUAUUUCUGUUAAAUUACUUACCUUAAAAACUAUUUUUUUAGUAGCUAUUACCUCAGCUCGUAGAGUAAGCGAGUUACAGGCCUUAUCAGUAAGGGAGCCUUUCCUCACGAUUUUUGAGGAUCGAGUUGUAUUGAAAACUGAUCCAGGUUUUUUGCCUAAGGUAGCUAGUACAUUUCACAGAUCACAAGACAUUGUACUGCCAUCCUUUUGUAGUUCACCACAGGGUGAUCAGGAAAAGAAAUUUAGUUUUUUAGAUGUAAGAAGAACCCUUCUUGCAUAUUUGGAGGUCACCAAGGUCUUCAGGAAGACAGACGCUUUAUUUGUCCUUUUUUCAGGUACACACAAAGGUAAAGGUGCAUCUAAAGCCACAUUGGCUAGAUGGAUUAAGCAGGCCAUCUCAGAAUCCUAUAAAAUCAGAGAAGUUCCUACACCUUUUGUUACAGCACAUUCAACAAGAGCUUUGGCUGCAUCUUGGGCUGAGAGGGCUGGUGCUUCACCAGAACAAAUCUGUAAAGCUGCCACAUGGUCCAGUUAUUCGACCUUUAUUAAACAUUAUCGCCUGGAUCUGCUAUCCGCUCAAGAACAGGCGUUUGGUCGAAAGGUCCUUCAGGCAGUUGUCCCACCCUAGACUGGGUAGUCCUACGGUUCUCGAGAAGACUGGCAUGGGGCCUGGAGGACCGCCCUUUUAUCUGGUGGGGGUUAACGUGUUUCCUGUCCUGGUAGGAGGAGCCCUAGGU